UUUUUUUUAACAAAGACAUGAUCUAUUUAAAUUUUAUGUUUCACUUUUGAAAUUAAAAAAAAAAAGAAAAAUAGAAUACUUAGUAUAAGUAUAAUCAAUAUCAUCUAUCAAUAAUUUCCCAAACAGAAAAUACCUUCCAAUAAUAAAUAAGUAUUAUUAUUAUUAAAUUUCAAUUAAGACAAAAUAGAAACAAAUGUAAAGCAAGUAAAGGCAGUCUUUGGUCUUUGGAGUCUUCAUUGGGUAUAUAUAUAUAUAGGCUAAGCCUUAGGCUGUAGCUCCUGUGGCGGCGCACUGCUCGCUUACACAGCAAACCAAACGCAAAUACCAUAUACAAUGUAAUAUUAUCAACACAGCACAUACACACAUAUUACAUAUAACACCCUUUUUCACCAUCACCCUAUUCCUUUAUAUAUAUCUACUUUUUUUCUUUUCUCUCUCCAACAAACACCCAUUCUGGGAUUUUCAGUAAAGAGGGAGCAGAACAGAGAAAACCCAAUAAACCUCUCUUUCUCAUACUCCUUUUCCAUUUUUGUUUCUGGGUUUUUUCAGCAAAGAGGUGAAGAAAGAAGCAAACUUUGAUUUCUGGGUUUUUGAGUUAAAAAGAGUAGUAAUAGUAGUAGUGAUUAAGUUAUCUCUGGUUAUUUUUUUUCUUAUAUGGCUGUUCUGGGACAGAGCCAAUAUGUAAUAGGUCCUAUGACUUUGAGUAGGACAGAGUCGUUUGGUUCAGGGUACUACAACUACUUAGAUCAAAGCAAUAAUAAUAGUAGUAGUAAUUACUACUAUACCAACUUGAAUGGUAACUCUACAAUGAUAGAAAAAAGGCAAGUUUUUCUAAGAAGCUAUCAGUUUUGCAGAAAAAAGAGCUUGAGUGAAAGGAUCAAAAGGUCUUUGGUAAGAGUAAAAAGGGUCAUAUGGCUAAGGCUCAAAUCUGCUCGUAGAUUCAGAAAGUUGGCUUGUUUUAGAUUCAGAUGUGGCUUUUCUUACAGGAGAAGAAGAUUUGUUCGUCUCUUAAACAACAACAACAACAACCACAUCAAGUGCAAUAACAGUAAUUCCCACUGCUUCUGGUAGAUUAAUUUUAUGCAAUUUAAUUUAAUUUAAAUACCAAAUAUAAGUGGGGUUCAUUUCAUCUAUAUUCUUGUAAAAUCAGUCUAUUAGACUCAUACCCCACCAACCAAAAAAAAAAAAAAAAAAAAACUGUGUGAUUUGCUACAGUUGUAUGAUAUUGAUAUUUACAAAUGAUGUUGUUUUAUUACAAUUGACUUAAAAUUCUUUUCU